CUUGUAUUCCCACUUUUCUUCUGUCCAGCGUACACGAACGCUCGCAUUCUCUAUGGACAGACCAGCACGCAAACAGGUGUCCGCCCCGGCGAAGGCGACUGUCGCUGCCGACCAAGCAGGCACGUACAACAUUUGGUACAAUAGAUGGACAGGAGAGGGCCGAAAGCGAAAUGCAUUGGAGAAAGCCGAACACCGUUGCAAAAUCGCGAGGGACAUGGGAUACACAAAGGCCCAAACGGGUUCAUCGUUCUGUGUUCACUUUGCUCGAGGCUGCUGUAUGAAGGGACAUACAUGUUCGUACUGGCACCGGAUACCUUUACCGGAAGACAGAGAGAUUCAAGCGCAUGAUAUAUUUGGAAGGGAACGGUUCAGAGAGGACCGAGAUGAUAUGGGUGGAGUUGGGUCAUUUGAACGGGACAACCGCACACUGUAUAUUGGAAAUAUAAAGGCACCUCAAUCUGAAAUGGAGGAGGUGGUAAGAAGACACUUUAGCGAAUGGGGAGAGAUUGAGCAUAUCAAUAUCUUGCCACAUAAAUCUGUGGCCUUUGUACGCUACGUGAGAAGAUCGAAUGCCGAGUUUGCGAGAGAGGCGAUGUACGGGCAGUCGCUAGACAGUAAUGAGAUUCUAAAUGUCCGAUGGGCCACGGAAGACCCGAAUCCGCGCGUCAAGGAGGAGAAAAAGCGGAAGGUGGAGGCGUACAUAUCCGAAGCGCUCCAGCAAAAACUGCCCGUGAUUGGCGAUCAAGGAAAUAUUCUAGACUACGAAGGCUAUUACGCAGAAGCCCCACCCGCCAAAGCCGCAAAAGUGGAAGAAGAAAGUGCAAUUUCCGCUGCCCUAAGGGACGCUAGUAACACUGUCUUUGACAGUGAAGGCAGGGCUGGUGCAGAUGGAACCUACAAUGGAUGGCAGUGGGACGGAACCGCGUGGCGAUAUGUUGGGGAUCAGACAGGGUAUGACUGGCAGGCGUAUUAUCAGAGCACGGGUAACAGUGGCACAUAUGAUGAAGAAGCAUACCGGAACUGGUAUUAUGCUCAUGCGGGACAGGCAGAUACGGGUGCGACAAGUGGUGGCACGGGCGCAGCAGCGUCAGAAGCGGCGGCCGCCGAUGACUCCGUGGUAGAUAAGAAUGGGAAGGAGGAUGCUAAGGGUCUAGCAGCACUCGCCUCCGCUGGCUACGGGAGCGACGACGAUGAGAACAAUUCAUAA